AUGGCUUAUAUUUUAGCAAAUAAAUUCCUCGACGACAAUACCUUUACAAACAAGACCUGGGCUGAAGUGUCGGGCAUGAAGGUCACUGAUCUGAAUAUCAUGGAACUUGAGUUUCUAGAUGUAUUAAAGUUCCGGUUAUUUGUACGCAAAGAGGAAUUUGAGCGGUGGAAGGCAGCCUUGUUUGUUUUC